AUGAGGAAGAAGUGGUACGGAUGUGGACUAAUUGCUUUUGCAACUCUCUCUAUCACUUUGCUGGUAGGACCUCAUCUGCGCAGUUUACCUUUUGAGACUGAAGAUUCGGCAUCAAAUGAGCCCCAAAGCGAAGUUUUCUUUUCUGCAGCAAAGGUAACAUACUCAUCGGCAAGUGUCCGCUGUCCGCAAAGUGCACCGAACUUCAGCGCCGAACAGGAAGGCAGAAUUCUUGAGGAAACAAGUCCCCUGACAAAGCCCGACGAAAGCAAGACGACAAAUUUAGCAAAAAGUCGCCCAAAUCUGACCAAGGACGAAAGCAAGGCAACAAAUUCUGCAACAAGUUUUCUCCCAAGAAGUACCACCACCACCAGUACUACAAUUCCGGCUAGAAUGAAUACCAGUCUCCAACAUAGUGUUACCAAACAUUCAGGACGAAUAAAGGCUCCUCAGAAUUGUAAGCAGAAGAACUGUCAGGAAAAUUUGUCUAAGGGUGAUGAACAUGCACUGAAAUCAUGUGAAAACCAAAUGAGGAAGGGUUACAAGGGGUCGAUCAGCGAGAGUGACUGCAAGUUCCUGUCCAACAAUAGCCGUCGUGCUGUUGCAUUGGCCAGUGCACCUGGCGCUGGAAAUACGUGGACCAGAGGUCUACUUGAGAAGGCCUCAGGCAUUUGCACGGGAUACCUAUUCUGUGACACAGCCAUGAGAGCUCAUGGGUACGUUGGAGAGAACGUCAAGACCGGGAGAGUGCUGGUGGUUAAGACACACUCAAUUGUACCUCGCUGGGAAAGGGAGAAAAAUUUCUACUACCUAUCAUCAGAAGCCACCUAUGAAGCGGCUGUGUUUAUUCUUCGCAACCCUGUCGAAUCUGCAGUAGCAGAGUGGAACAGGUACUCAUCAAUGAUUGUUGGACAAAAGGAUUCAUCAAUAGCCAAACAUGUGCACACGUCCACUCUUCCUAAAGAGUCCUUUGAUGAAAAUAAAUGGGAUAUGUUCCUACGCCAGUACAUGAGGCACUGGAGCAGUCGCCUGCUACAGUGGAUAAUCUACCAGGACAAACACCCGAUUCACAUCUUGCGAUAUGAAGAUCUCAAGCAGGACACUGUAGGGGAAAUUGAAAAGACCCUUGAUUUUCUGGACGUUUCGUAUGAUCCAGAGACAGUGAGAAAGAAACUAAAUUUGGACUACGCUGACUUCAAGCGACCGCAUGAUAGAAAUGAUUAUGAACAUUAUUCUGUGGAGCAGAAAGAGUUUGUUAAGUCAGUGCUUCUGGACGUAAAUGAUUCUGCAAAGAGAGCAAAAAAGGCACAUCUUCUCCGACUUGAUGAAUAUAUGGCUGCAUUAUAGUUCUGCCAAUCUCAAGCAAGCAUUUUCAUUAUGGUGUAAUCUGGCUUACUAUG